AUGCAAACAGGUUGUAACAAACUGUUCCAGGCUCAAGACAGACUCGAAUAUCAUAUACCAGAACACUACGAUGAGAAACGCCCGGCAUUCAUUUUCACAACUACCGCAUAUGGCAUGGGCAUCGAUGAUCACCCAGUGGGCUCGCAACUGCCUAAAGCAGGCCAGGAUCAAUCUUUCCUGUCGCCUUCUUCUGAUUUCUUCGCUCCGAUUGUCUGUCACCCAGACAGUCCUCGAGAACUGGCCGACUGGAUCUACACAGACCGUCCACAGCUCCAUAUUCAUGUCGCUCUCUUCGAGGAUACCACUCUUCUCACAAUCAACUACCUGCAUACAUUCUCCGACGCUAUCUCACGGACUAACUUUUUCAAAGCCUGGAUAGCAGUUCUGCGGGGUCGGGAAGAAGAGGUGCCGGCCUUUGUUCCUUAUGGCCAUGACCCUCUAAACACAUUGGGCAAAGAAGCCCCCAGACAGAGCUAUAGCAAUCUCGAACUAGUAUUGAGUGGGUUCAGUCUUGUGAUCUUUGGGCUUCGCUACAUGUUUGAGCUAUUGUGGUUCAGAAAGCUGGAAGAACACCCAAUCCGCCUACCAGGACGGUGUGUGAAACGCAUGAGGGAAACUGUGCUCCAGGAACUGGCGUCAACUGCUCUGGGGGGUGCAAGAAAGCCCUUUGUGAGCGAGGGCGAUGUUAUAGUUGCCUGGUGGGUAAGAACAAUGAUCAAAGCGUUGAAACCUGCACCGAAUCGCACCAUCAUGGUGAUGAACGUCUUCAAUGUGUGGAAUCUUUUCCCUGAAUGGUUCCCCGACGGUGCAGCGGGUCUCAUUGGCAAUUCUUUCUUCUAUUCAUACACCAUUCUUGUUGCAAACAAGAUUCUUCAAGAUGCCAACUUGAUGUAUGUGGCGUCCACGAACCGUCAGGCCCUAGUCGAGCACAGAACCAAACAACAAGUCCAAGCCAUGACUGCCAUCCAGAGAAAGAACUACCGGAGAGUCGCGCCUGUGGUCGGGGAUUCGAACUUGCUGUUCAUGGCCGCGACUAAUCAACAAAAGGCUGGAUACUUCGAAACCGACUGGUCGACGGCUGUUGUUUCUCCCGGUGUGCCCUUGAGUGAAAGGCCGCAUGGCCUGGGUAGACCAUCUUAUAUCAACGAUAUUGAGUAUUGUCGUGGAUACCCGACCCGUAACAUUGUUAGAAUCAUUGGGAAAGAUGCAGCGGGUGAUUGGCACCUUUUAUUUCAGACUCGAUCUGAGGCAUGGCCAGUGAUUCAUCGGGAGUUGAUGAAAUUAAUUGAAACAGAGAAUGAGGAUGAAGGUGUACAUUGA